GUCUCGGACGAGAGCUGCUCCUUCGGCGGCUUCAGCCGCCUGGCCGAGGCCGGCGACUGCGCGCACCUGGCGGGCUCGGCGCAGGCCUUCGACGCGGCGCUGCCCGUGCCGCUGGUGCUGGUGCCCGGGGCGGCCGCGGACCUCCACGGGGCCGUGGGGGUGCUGUGCCAGUGCUCGCGGAUGUGCCAGCUGCUCCUGCGGCAGAGGCACCUUGUCCCUCACGCCGACUUCCACGCCGCGGCCCUCGUGCAGCACGUCUUCAUGAACGUGCUGCCGGUGCCGCUCCCAGCGGCGCCGCGGGGCGCAGCCCUGCCCGAGGCGUGCUUCUGGCGGCGGGAGCCGAUGUCGAGCGAGGCGCAGGCGCUGCUGGCGCAGGAGCUGGCGAAGCUGGUGCGCCACUUCGCGGCGGCCUCCCUCUCGCUGGCCCCGACGCCGCACCUCCACGCGGCGCGGCUGCUGACGGUCGGGGCCGCGGUCGCGAUCCUCGACGCCGCGACGCGCCAGGUGCCCAGCGACGCGCCCGCGCUGUUCAGCCGGGUGUACAGCGGCGAGCUGCAGAGGGGCGCGCGGUGUCAGGGCUUCGGGCUCGCGCCCUUCGCGCUGGCCGAGGAGAUGAGGGAGCUGAGCCUCCGGGAGCCCCGCGCCGUCUGGGUCCGCGCGAGGCUCCUGGACUACCUGGCCUCGGUGCGCCCGGCGGACGGCAGGUCCGUCCUGGGCUUCGCCGACAUGCGCCCGUCGCCCGGCGACAGGGAGCUCGUGCAGCGCCUGCUGCUCCUGGGCGGCUUCGCGCGUGGACGGGGCGCGGCGGCGAGCAGCCUGCCGCAGUACCUCUGCGGGGAGCACCCGGAGUUCCUCGCCACCUUCCCCUGCCUGGCCGCCCUCCGCGACGUCAGCUUCCUGCUGCGGUGGCUGUGCGUCCCCGUGCCGCUGGACCGCCGGCGCAGGGACGGGCAGCCGUGGCAGCCGGCGGACGUGGAGCUCCGGUGGCAGUACGUCGCGGGCGAGGACCGGCUCAAGGUGGAGGCCUUCCAGCAGCGCCCGCUGUCGCUCUGCCGGGAGCGCGAGCAGGGCGGCCUCUGGGCCGCGAUGGCGCGCCUCGGCGGCACGGCCCAGGAGGCGCGGCGGUGGCCGAGCCCCGCGGCGGCCUCGAGCGCGGCACGCUGCGAGGUCAAGAGCGAGGACGACACCCUGCACAUGACGGAGCCGUGCACCUUCGGGGAGCGGCUGACCCUCGGCGACGCCGAGCGCCUGCUGGCCUACCUCACCGUGCCCUACCUGCGCGUGCCGCUGUGCCUCCAGUUCUUCAACGACCGGUCGCGCUUCGGCGCGCUGGCGCACCCGCCGCUGCAGGCGAUGCUGGACGCGGUGCUGUUCGAGCCGGGCUCCUUCGCAGAGGAGGACGGCGGCGCGGAGGUCGCGCAGGUGCCCGCGGCACGGGCGGGGCCCGACGCGGCCGCCGCCUACUACGCCACCGCGGCGGGGCGCUUCGUGCACGAGCUGGCGCACAGCCCCGGCGCGGUCUUGCACGAGCUAGACGGGAUCUUCAAGCUCGCCAUGGAGCGGGACACGCCAGCCUACCUGCCGGGGGCCGCGGCGGUGCUCUACGCCGUGCGGCUCUGGGUGCGCGCGGCCGCGCUGGCGGCAGCGGUGGCCCGGGACUCCAGCGAGGGCGCGAGGGAGCCCGCUCGAGGGUUCGCGUGCGGCAGCGCGGAGGCCGCGAAGGUCCUCGGGGACCGCGCGAGCAGUUGGGGCUGGCGGCUGCGGCUGGAGGCAGUGCCGACGCUGGAGAGGUGGUGCAGCCGCGCUAUGGAGGAGGCAGCCGGCAGCGACGUGGCCUGCGCCAUCUGGUUGCAUCUGGCCCUGAUCUACCGCUGGGGCGACGAGCUGUCGGCCCGCGGUGUCUCUACGCUGAUCUGCGCAGAGGUGUACGUGAACGCGAAUCUGAAGAUGGGCCAGGACGCAGACGGAGACAAUGACCCCGGCAAGACGCGAAGCGAGCUGCUUGGCUUCGCCGACACGGAGAUCUUCGAACUCUUUCACGCGACCCGGCCGCGGAUAUACGAGUGGCUGCGGCGGGAGGGCGGCGGCCGCGACCGCAUCCUGGAGCACGUCGUGGCGACCGUGGCGUCGUCGCAGGUCGCGCAGGGCGCCGAGGAUGCGGUCGUGCUCGGCAGGCGGUGGGUCGAGCUGGAGGACUUCUGGGACGGGUCUGGCCGCUUUGCCACGUCGGCGCCCGCCGCGGUCAGCCCGGAGCUGGCGGACGAGAGCUUCUCAAACUGGCUUGCUGCGUCCACCGACGCUGCUCCAGUGGAGGUUAACAUCAAUAUCGGCCAGCUCCAGUUCCGGCAGCGCACGGUGACCCCAGUGCCGGAGGACGUCUUGGCACUGCCAGAGUUCAGGGAGGUCUUCCCUCAGGUCGAUGCUGGCGCGUCCAGGCUCAUGUGGGCUCUGGUGGAGUGCUCGCAGAACCGAGAGCGUUACCGCUUCGCAGGAUCCCGAUACGAGUUCCGGCUCUGGAGGAAGCCUGUAGUGGAGCCGUCUGAGGGGAUAUUUUGCCGCAGCUACCCGCGGAAUAAAGAUGACGGGGAGGACUGGAUCGAGGCUACGCUCAGGGCGGUGCCCGAGCUCCAGGAGCUGCUGCACGACAACGGCACGGAGUGGAAGCUGCCGCGGAACCCGCAGACCGGCCACAUGGCUCAGCUGCGCAUCGUCUGCGGGUGCAGCCAGGACAUGGAGGUCCAGUACGGGGACGACUACGGCUACGUCGACCCUCACCUCGCGGGCGCGGUGAAGGAGCUGGACAUCUUCCGCGAGACCUCGACCCCGCAGCGCGCGCCCGUGGUGCACGUGUACGAGAUGACGAUGUGUGGCCCGCGCUCUGUGCGCACCCAGGUCUUCACGUCCGACGCAGCAUGGAGCUACGCUGCCUUCGACGCCGCCCCCGGUGCAGGAGCCAGCUGCGCAGCGGAGGCCUCGCCGGCAGCGAGCACCCCGGCGAGUGUGUCAAGGGCCCGCACGAGGAGCGCCUCUUUCAUCCCCAUCGAUGGGGGCCCGGCCCCCUCGGUGGAGAUCGUUCACGAGGACACGGGCGGAGAGUCCGUGCUGGUGCCGCAGCGCUUCCUGGUCGGAACGCUGCCGGACUUGCUUCUGAGCUCGUUCGACUUCUGGCGCCCGCGGCACGGCCGCCUGGUGGGGAAGAUGAAGCCAGCAGCGCGCCGCCAGGCCUCGUCUGGUGCGGCAUUGGUGGUGGAGCUCAGCGAUGGCGGGGGCGCUGCCCGGGUGCACCGAGUGACGCUCAGUGGGCCCAGCAGGGUCGAAGAGGCCAGGCAGCUGAACGCGUUGAUGCACGAGGAGGGCGAGGAGACCGCGAGGAUCGGCGCGUCCACGCUGGUGGACCUCGUGCGCGCGCCCCCGAACUCCACCGCCUGGGAGGUGGCUGGCUGGGCUCUGCAGCUGGACGACCUCUCGCACGUGCUCGUGUGGACGCACGACUGGCUGCUCCGAGACGCCGUGGACAGCCACGAGGGACGCCGUGUUGAUGCAGUGGAGUUCCCGCGGCUGGGCCUGACUUUCACGAGCUCCGGCGAAGACGGCGCCCUGCGCUGCGACCAGCACGGCGGGCUCAGCGUCGCGCGGAGCCCCGUGGGCGACCAGGGCAGCCUCUUGAGGCUCGUCAGGCAAAUUCCGCGGUUCGUGCUCCUCGAGGACGACGUCGGCGAGCUGUACGUCCUCGUCUCCGUGGCCGACCGGCCGCGCCACACCCGGCAGGGCGCGGUGGAGCUCGUACGCAACGAUCCCGAGUGGAUGGCUGGGCUCCGUGCUCAGCAUCGUAACCAGCUUUUCUCCGUGCACAGCUCCCAUGAGUUCCUCACGGCAACCACACGGGUGGCCGAGCUCUACCUGCUGCUGCUGCACGUGCUGCACGGGUCGUAUAGCAGCGCCUGCGCCAUCGCCAUGACCUGUGCGGCGGCAGGCCCACACCCGGAGUUCGAGGAGGAACGGAUCUGGGAGGAGGUCACAACGGUGCUGCGAAACGAGCGCUGCAUCGACGCAGCCGUGCUGCGGCUCAAGAUCGUGCUGCAGCUGGACCGUCACCGGCAGAGCGUCCCGGAUGGAUGGGACCCUGGGGCAGACUUGAUGAUUUGGACCUUGCACGGAUCCAGGUCGCUGGCUGGACAGCUUCUGACGCCCGCGGAGGACGCAGCACUGCUGGCGCUCUUCGCCGACUUCGCCAGCGUGGAGGGCUCCGCCAUGCCCUGGGAGCUGCGGGUGCGCAGCGAGCUCUACGAACGCAUACUGCCACACGGCAGCGGUGCGGCCGUGGUGGACGCGGUGGUGCCGCGCACGAACGGUGUCCUUGUUCCUGGGCCAAACCUGCGCGGGAGGACCACGCUGGAAGAUUCGGUGGACGAGAGUGUUCUCUCUCUGCCACCCCCAAGCGAGGUGGACAUUCGGGCGGGCCUCUUCGACGUCGAGGCACUUCCCACCCAGGAGUUCAGCUGGCCGACAGGAGACGCGGCUUACCCGUGGCUGCUGCGGCGGCUGCCCUUGCAGCUGCCAGCCGACUUCCUGACCCUGUACGAGCUGAUCACCUCCUCGCGUUCGGUCUGGCUGCGGCCUGGCGACGCACCCGAAGUUACCGGAGAGCUUCUGGCGUGCCUGUUGUCGCCGCAGGAGCUUGAGAAGAGUCCUGCGCUGGCAGGGCUGGUGCGCAUGCUGGAGCAGCACCCAGACGUGGCGAAGAAACUCCCGAGGUGCCGCGGCAGGGACCCGGUGGAAUUCGGCAGCGAGUUGGUGGCUGCUCUCCAGAGCGAUUCCGUGAAGAACAGCUUGCGGGCGCCCGGGACGGCGCUCGGGCGGCCCGUCCAUGAGGGAGCCACCUCUGCCGCCGAGUGGGCGAUCCGACGUGACGAGGGGCGGUGGAUGCUGUGCGGCACGGGCGGGCCAGAGGCCCCAGAGCGAGCCACGAGUGGCGUCCAUUCUGCUCGCUCGUGCGGCUCACGCGCCAGCCGCCUGGAGACUGGCUCGCUCACCAACGCACAGGCCGAGAGUAUGAUCGCCACGCUGGAGAGCUUCGGCGACAGCCGCCUCCCGUCCAUGGAGUGGGACUUUGACUGUGGCAGGCGCGCCCUCCGCAACGGCGCGGCGGUGGACGACGACUGGCCAGGAGGCUCUUGCGGGUCUGGGCCCAGCGAACUGUGGCACAUCUGCGCGGAGCUCCAGGGGCUGCCGGGGAUGCAGGAGCUGCCGCUGGCGCAGCUGCCAGCCCUGGCGAGCAGGCCGCUGCUGCCAGUGGGCCUCGACAGCUAUGUGAGCUUCAGGCAGCAGGCACCCCGGGCGACUGCGUUCUCUUCUGUGUUCAGCUCGCUCGAGUUGGAGGGCUGCCGCAUGCAGGCCACGGCCUCCGGUCGGGAGCUUCUCCGGCGACUCAGGCAGGACAUCGAGAGCCUGGGGCAGGAGACGACAGAGCCAAGCUUUCUCGGCAUCACUGCGCAGACGGUCACCAAGAUGCUGGCGUGCAAGGACGAGGUCCAGAAUCUACUCGGAAACCUCGACCAGCUCACGGAGGUUCUAAAAAUGACGCUGGCACAGGAUCGCAAGGACAUGCUGCAGGCGAUCAGACGCACCAAGGAGCUGGCUGGCGGCCAGGCUCGGGUGGCGCAGACGGACAGAGGGGCGCAGGGCGACGUUGAGGCCGCAAGGUGGGCACAGCAGCUGGGACAACUGGGCGGGAGUUGCGCGGCCUUGGAGUUCCAGGACAUCAUGCGGAUACUGCUCUUCCGUGGCGGCCUCCGGCUUGCGAUGCCGCACACAGCGCAGCUGCUGAGCGAGCAGGACGUCGCGGAUGUAGCCACCGGCUGCUUGCUGGCGCUGUUGCUCAGCGCGCGCACGGUUGUGUGCAAGCGUUGCAUUGGGCAGCUUGGGCGCUUGAGGGGCCUGCUGAUCUCCCAGGUCGGUGCCGAGAACAGGGGGCCCCACCAGGAGUCCGACCGCUCCCACGAGUGCGCGUUGGUCGAGUGCGCGCAGCAGGCGGCGCGCGAGCUGUCCACACGCCAGUUCUGCGUCGACGGCACGGCGUACGACCCUCGCCUGCUGUGCUUCGAGUUCGUCUCGCAGGUGGUGCUGCGGGAGAAGCAGGUCAGCCUGGUGCGCACCAUGGUGCAGGCCGUUGAGGAGGGCAGGUCCUUGGUACACCAGAUGCUCAUGGGCGAGGGGAAGACCACUGUCGUCACCCCUCUGCUCGUGCUUCUCACGGCCACCGCCGAGAGGGCCUCCAUCGUCUGCUGCCCGGCGGCGCUGCUGGAGUUCACUUGCCGCGUGCUGCGCGAGCGGCUGCGCGCGGCGCUCUGGCGCCCAGUGCACCUGUUCGAGUUCUCGCGCUCGUCGCCGGUGUCCGAAAGCCUCUGCCUGCAGCUGCUGCACGCGCGGCAGGGGCGCGCCGUGCUCUGCGCGAGCCCCUCCUCGCUGAAAUCGCUGGUGCUGCGGCUUCUGCUCGCGGUGCACGAGAUCGACGUGCAGCGCGGCCAGGAGGAGGACGCCGCCGCCGCGCAGAAGCGCAGCUGGCGGAUCUGGCGCCGGCAGCCCUCCCACAGUGAGGAGCAGCAGGAGAGGCUGGCGCAGUUCCGCCUCGAGGCCCGGGUCCUGGCGCGCUGCUUCCGCUUCAUGGCGAAGGCGGUGCUGACGCUGGACGAGCUGGACCUGCUGAUGCACCCGCUGCGCAGCGAGCUGCACUGGCCGCUGGGUGAGCAGCAGCAGCUGGACUUCACCGCGGCGCCGGGGUCCCAGGGCGCCUCGGGGCUCGCGGGCGGCGCCUCCACCGCGGCGGGGCUCCACCUGACCCACUCGCACGUGCUGGGCAGCCAGGUCGGCGCGCGCUGGCAGGUGGCCUUCCACCUGCUGGACGGCCUGUUCUGCUGCCAGCUGCCGCCAGGCCCCGCCGCCGCCAGCCUGGGCGGCCAGGGCGCGGCCGCGCGCGUGCUCGACCGCAUCCGGGGCGCGGUGCGCCGCGGGCUGGAGGAGAAGUGUCUGCAGGCCUCGCCCCACCUGGCCCUGCUGUCGCGGGAGUUCUACACGAGCGAGCUGCGGCCCCUGCUGGCGGAGUGGAUGCUGAUCUGGCUGCGGCACCGGCACCCCUGGCGCCACCAGGACCGGGACCUCCUGGCCUACCUCUGCGGCGCCCCUGGCGCGAGCGAGCGGCUGCGGGACCUCGGCGACCAGCGGAUGAAGGCGCUGAACCUGGCCCGCACGUGGCUGGGGGUGCUGCUGCCUCACCUCGCCGGCCGCAUCCACAGGGUCCAUUACGGCCUGCUGGACGAGGGCAGCCCGGCAUGGAACCACGAGCCUCCGGCGCGGCGCCACCUGGCGGUGCCCUUCGUGGGAAAGGACGUCCCGUCGGACACCUCCCAGUUCAGCCACCCCGACGUGCAGAUCGGGCUCACGUGGCUGGCCUAUCGCUUCACGGGGCUCCGCCACGGCGAUUUUGCCCGCGCGCUCCGGUGCCUCUGCAGAAUGCACCGCCAGGAGACCGAGGUCGCGCCGCGCUUCCGGCGAGCCCGAAAGCUGUACUGCGCCUGGGUGUCCGCUGCGGACGCGCACGUCCGAGGGGACAUCGACGGGGACGCGAGGAGCGCGAUGCCGAAGGACCAGGGCCAGCUCGUCCUGGAGAGCGGCGCCGCGAGCGGCGCCGCGCAGCACGCCGCGGGCGGCGGCCAGCUCGUGCCGCCCCUGGAGUGGAUCAACGUCAACGACGAGGCACAGGUGGGCUUGGUGUCUGCAGUGCUGCGCGCAUCCCCCUUCCUCAUGGAGUACUACCUGCACGAGGACAUCUUCCCGCAGCUGCUGCUGCACGCGGACACGAAGCUCUCGGCCUCGGGGCAGGACCUCGGCAGCGAGAUCGUCUGCGGCUCGAGGCUCGGCUUCUCCGGCACGCCGAACGACCUGCUGCCCCGCGCCCUGGGGAGGUGCGUGUACGCGCAGGGCGACGACGCGCGGAUGGUCGGCACCCUCACGGACCCCGCCGUCGCCGCGCUCUGGCCAGCGAACGAGGACUGGAGCGCGCUGUCCCUGCUCGAACUGAUUGCCGCGCAGGACCCCCCGCUCAGCAUGCUCAUCGACGUGGGGGCCCUGAUCACCGGCCUGAGCAACAGGGAGGUGGCGCAGACGCUGUUGGACCGGGGCCUGCGCUUCGAAGCGGUGGUGUUCUUCGACCCGGGCGGGGAGCAGUGGCUGCUGCGCCGGGGCUUCCAGGAGGCGGUGAGGGUCGCGCACUGCACUCUCCCACCCGAGCGUCGCUUCGUCUUCUACGAUCAGGUCCACACCACGGGCAUGGACCUCCGGCACGCGCCCAGCGCGUGUGCGGCCGUCACCCUGGGGAAGGACACCACCUUCCGCGACUUCGCCCAGGGUGCCUACAGGAUGAGGGGCAUCGGUCGCGGGCAGAGGCUGAAGGUCCUCCUGACGCCGGAGGUUGCGGCCCGCAUCCGGGCCGAGGUGCCCGCGGCUCCGGGGGCUGCGCCGCGCGGGGAGGCGACCCUCGACCGCGUGUGCGCCUGGCUGCUCCUGCAGCAGGCCUCGGGGGAGCACUCGCAGCAGCAGCUCCUCCGCCGGCAGUGCAUCGAGCACGAGGGGCGGCGCUGCGCCUUCCGGCAGCUGGCGGGCAGGUUCGGGCAGGCCGACCUUGCCGCGGCGGGCGGCGCCUGCGCGGGCGCCGGCCCAGCGCGGGACGAGCGCGACAGCGCCCUGGACCUCUUCCGCGACAGGGUCGACUACACGGUGGAGACGGAGGCCACGGGCACCGCCGCGGAAGACGCCGACGGCUCUUGCAGUCUGGACGUUCUGGUGGGUCGGGUGCAGCCGUUCCUGGACGAGGCCGGCGCCGCUGCCGUCGACGGCCUUCGCGCGGGCGCUGCCGCUGGGGGCGGCGCCGCGGCGGUCGGCGACGGGGUCUCGGCCGAGUGGCAGCGCGUGCUGUUCACGGAGAUGGAGCAGGAGCACUCGCUGGAGCUCUUCGCGGAGCAGGAAGAGGAGAAGGAGGAGCAGGAGGAGGAGCAGAUGGAGGAGGUGGAGGACGAGCCGACCGUGGAGGCACGGCAGACGGGGCAGCCGUGGAAGGCCCUGCCGCCCGACGGCCCACCCGAGCCGUGGGCGCUCGCGUGCUUGGCGAAGCCGCCGGGGGACGCCGACCCCUUCUACCCCGCCUCGCAGUUCUCGCUGUCCCCGCCGAAGGGCGGCGAGGAGCUGUCGGCAAGUUUCCCACAGGGCCUGCACGUGUCCCGCAACUUCCACCGGCCGGGCGCCAGAGGGCAGCGCCGCCUCAGGACGCCCGCCGUGGUCCUCGAGUGGAUACCAGACGCCGAGGCGCUGCACGGCGGUGGCGCGAGCAACGGCACCACCGGCUGGGGGGUUGCAGAGGCCGCCAGGUCUGCAACUCGCCUGCAGACGACGCUGGACGCCCUCGGCAUCUCAGAGCGUGGCUUCAACGAGGAGGAUAUCGGCGUGCUCCUGUCGUGCCUCGGCAUCGACGCCAGCGAGGCCGAGGUCGCCAGGGUCUUCCGGGCGGUGGAGGGCGCAUGCGGCACCGGCGUGCCCACUGCGGACGACGUCCUCAAGGGACUCUGGCAAUCUCACGUGCUCGAGGUGCAGCCCGGAAGGCACUAUGCCCUCCUCACCCUCGCCGAGGCCGAGGCCGUGCGCAUGGCGCUGCACCAGAGGGGCGGGCAGGACCUCCUACCGGAGCACCCGCGCUGCCGCGCGGCGCUCCGCCUGCUGCGCAGGGACCCGGCGAGCCUGAGCGUGCUCGACCAGUCCCAGGGCUGGCAGGAGGCGCCUUUCCACUGGCACCAGGGCGUCGUGUCGCAGUGCGCCCUCUUCCUGGGUGCCGAGACGCACUUCGCACACGCCGACCUCGAGUCGCUGCGGCGGUCGCUGCACGGCGCCAAGUGCAAGCCAGAGGCGCUGCGGGACUUUUUCUUAGCCUCGUACUCGGUUCGGCGCAGACCGCCGCUGAAGCUGCCACUGCACGGCGUUCCGGUGGCCCGCCUCUUCGACAGCGAGAAGGAGCACGCGAAGUUGCAACGCAAGAGCGCGAUCCGGGAGGCGUAUGCCCGGAUGCUAGAUGCUGGCCUCAGUCCGGAGGAUGCCUUCAGGCGGCUCGACCAGGAUGGCGAUGGCCAGGUGAGCGCGCGCGACCUGGGCGUCCCCCUGGCUCUGAGCCUGGGCAUGCCGCGGCAGCUGAUGCUGCGCCUCUUCGAGGCCCUCGACCACGAGGCGGGCCAGGGCCUCGUCACCGCCGCGCAGUGGGCCCAGGGCUUCGAGGUCCAGGGCGCGCACGGGCCCGGCGGCGCGGCGCACGCCGACCCGGUGGCGCCGCCCGACGAGAGCUCCGUGCCGCUGUCGGACCUGAAGCGCAUCUCGAUCGAGCUGGUCACGCCCGGGCACCUUUUGCAACCCCCGACCAGCCGGUGUGGCGCUCCGAGGGGACGCAGGCGCGGAAGCACGUCAGUGUUUGGAAGGCGGAGUCGUUGGAGAGCGGCGUGGUGUACGUCAAGAGACUCCGACUAA